UCCUGAAAUGACGUCUGAAGGAAAGUUACAUUUGCUAAACGAAGUCGCGAAAUCGAUUGGUUAUGCCUGUGUGGGCUAUUCGCGCUUCCAUUUGUUGGGUCUGAGUGUCUGUCGGCCGUGAAAGGCUCAGGGCUCUUGUGUUCCUCCCAGUCUAACCCCGUUUACACUUCCUUCCCCCUCCUCAUCCCCGGUUACCGCUCCAACUGGUCCGGCAUUAUGUGUCUGGUUAUACCCAAGAAAGCUUCAAUCGCCGGGCCCUGGUGACGGAGACCGGGGGAGGAGAGGGAGCGGGCGUCACGUUCUCUACAAAGCCAGACAUACUGCCUGGGCCUGUGAGGAGUCUGAGUCGGAAAAGGAGUGUUCUUGUUCAAGGGGAGACUCGACGGCAUCAGGACGGAAGUAUUUGUCUUCCCCGGUCUGGGGACGGUGCUGUCCGAAGGUGAGGAGCAGACGAAGCUGGUUUCCUCGACGGGGUUUGAUGAUGAACCCGCGGCGGGGAUCCGGCACGUCCCAGGCAGCUCCUCUCACCAGCGGCUGAUCUUCCCAAUACACCAGCGGUGAGUACCUGGGUAUGGCAUCACAGCUGCAGGUGUUCUCCCCUUCUUCAGUAUCGUCCAGUGCCUUUUACAGUGCAAAGAAACUCAAAGUUGAGCCUUCUGGAUGGGAUGUUACGGGACAGGGUAGCAGCAGCAAGUAUUACACCAGAAACCUCCCAGUUGCUCAAGGACACGCAAGUUCAUCUCGCCAGGUUGUUGGUUUCAGUCUAGCUGCCUACGAACCCAAUCUCCUAAUCCCUGCAGCAGCUGCAGAGCACAUUGUGGUAACAGCUGCAGACAGCACAGACAGUGGCCCCACGACUUCCUUCCAGAACAGCCAAAUCCUAACUCACAGAAGCAACGUUCCUUUGCUGGACCCUUACCAAAAAUGUGGACUGAAAAGAAAAAGUGAGGAGGUAGAUAGCAACGGUAGCGUGCAAAUAAUUGAUGAACGGCCACCUCUGAUGCUGCAAAACAGAACUGUGGUGGGUGCUGCUGCCACGACCACCACCGUAACCACUAAAAGUAGCAGUUCCAGUGGAGAAGGAGACUAUCAGCUUGUCCAACAUGAAAUUCUUUGUUCCAUGACAAACAGCUAUGAGGUUUUGGAAUUUCUGGGAAGAGGAACGUUUGGUCAGGUGGCAAAAUGCUGGAAGCGGAGCACCAAGGAGAUUGUAGCCAUUAAAAUUUUAAAGAAUCACCCUUCCUAUGCUAGGCAAGGACAAAUCGAAGUGAGCAUCCUGUCUCGCCUGAGCAGUGAAAAUGCAGAUGAGUACAACUUUGUGCGUUCAUAUGAGUGCUUCCAGCACAAGAAUCACACUUGCCUUGUUUUUGAGAUGCUGGAGCAAAAUCUUUAUGACUUUCUGAAACAGAACAAGUUCAGUCCACUACCACUGAAAUAUAUUCGACCCAUCCUUCAGCAGGUAGCCACUGCGUUAAUGAAACUAAAAAGCUUGGGCUUAAUUCAUGCUGAUUUGAAACCUGAAAACAUUAUGCUUUUGGACCCAGUACGUCAACCUUACAGGGUGAAGGUUAUAGACUUUGGAUCUGCAAGCCACGUAUCAAAAGCAGUGUGUUCCACUUACUUGCAGUCUCGUUACUACAGAGCUCCUGAGAUCAUUCUUGGUUUACCAUUCUGUGAAGCAAUUGAUAUGUGGUCGUUAGGGUGUGUCAUAGCAGAACUUUUUCUUGGAUGGCCUCUGUACCCAGGAGCAUCAGAAUAUGAUCAGAUUCGAUACAUAUCCCAGACUCAGGGCCUUCCUGCUGAAUACCUUCUGAGUGCAGGAACAAAGACCUCCAGAUUUUUCAAUAGAGAUCCAGACCUGGGUUACCCUUUGUGGAGGCUAAAGGCUCCAGAUGAACAUGAAGUGGAAACGGGAAUAAAAUCGAAAGAGGCGAGAAAGUAUAUCUUUAAUUGCUUGGACGACAUGGCUCAGGUGAAUAUGUCUACAGAUUUAGAAGGCACAGAUAUGUUGGCAGAGAAAGCAGACAGGAGGGAAUAUAUUGACUUGUUAAAGAAAAUGUUAACCAUUGAUGCAGAUAAAAGGAUAACUCCACUGAAAACUUUAAACCAUCCCUUUGUCACUAUGACACACCUCCUGGAUUUCCCACAUAGCAACCAUGUGAAGUCCUGUUUCCAGAAUAUGGAGAUCUGCAAGAGAAGAAGUAAUAUGUAUGAUACCGUGAAUCAGAUCAAGAGUCCAUUUACAACCCAUGUUGCGCCUAACACAAGCACAAACUUGACUAUGAGCUUCAACAACCAGCUUAACAGUGUGCACAAUCAGGCUAGUGUUCUGGCUUCAAGCUCGACUGCUGCAGCCACGCUUUCCCUUGCUAACUCCGAUGUCUCCCUGCUUAACUAUCAGUCAGCAUUGUACCCACCAGCUGCUGGUCCAGUUACAGGAGUUACCCAGCAAAGUGUCUCCCUGCAGCCUGGAACAACUCAGCUGUGUACUCAAACUGAUCCAUUCCAGCAGACAUUCAUUGUCUGCCCUCCAGCUUUUCAAGCUGCUGGACUUCAAGCAACAACCAAGCAUUCCGGGUUUCCAGUUCGAAUGGACAAUAGUGUUCCCAUUGUUCCACAAGCUCCAGCUGCCCAGCCCCUCCAGAUCCAGUCUGGAGUUCUAACCCAGGGAAGCUGCACCCCACUAAUGGUAGCAACUCUUCAUCCACACGUAGCCACCAUCACUCCGCAGUAUGCGGUGCCAUUUACCCUGAACUGCGCCGCCGGGCGGCCGGCGUUAGUUGAACAGACUGCUGCCGUACUGCAGGCAUGGCCUGGCGGAACGCAGCAGAUAUUGCUGCCAUCUACUUGGCAGCAGCUUCCUGGUGUAGCACUUCACAAUUCUGUUCAGCCAAGCGCCAUGAUUCCAGAGACAAUUGGGAAUAACCAGCAGCUUACAGACUGGAGCAGAAAUGCACAUUCCCAUGGGAACCAGUAUAGCACACUGAUGCAGCAACCUUCUUUAUUGGCCAACCAUGUGACUUUGGCAGCAGCCCAACCUUUGAAUGUUGGAGUGGCUCAUGUAGUUCGUCAACAACAGAAUAGCAACACAUCAACAAAGAAAAACAAGCAACAGGCAUCCCAAAAAAGUUCAAAGGCUCUCUCAUGCUUGGAUAUUAUUCCAUCACAAGUUUAUUCACUGGUUGGAAGCAGCCCGCUUCAGGCCUCCUCUUCAUACAACCCACUUCUCCCUCUCCAAGAACAACGUCAGCCUAUCGUUAUUCCAGAUACACCUAGCCCUCCAGUGAGUGUUAUAACCAUCCGUAGUGAUACCGAUGAAGAGGAAGAUAGCAAGUAUAAACCAACAAACUCUGGAAUGAAGCUGCGAUCCAAUGUUAUCAGCUAUGUCACUGUCAAUGACUCUCCUGAUUCAGAUUCAUCUGCGAGCAGCCCUUGCCUGGCAGAUCACCAUUCCUCCGUUAAUGCAGUGACUGGUGUGUUUGAUAUUUCAAAUCACCGAGCAGCUCACAGCCAGAGUUCAAACUCGCGUACAAUCAUUGUCCCACCACUGAAAAGUCAAAUUAAUGACUGCUCAUUGAAUACCCAGCUAACAGGUGUUCUAAGCAGUGCUGCCAAGAUAAAUAAAACCUGUACUGCAACUAAUGGACAAUCCUCAAGCAGCUGCAUCACACAAACCGGGUAUCGCUCACAUCGCAUGCUGAAUGGAGUACAGCCACUCAACCUCAGCCAGAACCAGCAGUCUGCUUUGGUGGGAACCCAGGAGAGAAGCAUGAACCCAGGUUCUCGAAGACAGCAGGCUUAUGUGGCUCCUAUCCCUUCAAUCUCUCAGGCACCAUUCACCUUCCAGCACAACAGCCCCUUACAUUCCACUGUGCAUCCUCAUCUUGCAGCAGCAGCCGCAUCAGCCACCAGCCAUCUGACAAGCCAGCCUCACAUGUACACAUAUGCCCCAACUACUGCUGCGUCUCUGGGGUCAACUACAUCAAUAGCUCAUCUGUUCUCCCCUCAGGGUUCCUCAAGGCAUACAACAUUUUCUACUCACCCUAGCACUCUGGUGCACCAAGUCCCUGUCAGUGUGGGACCCAGCCUGCUGACCUCUGCCAACGUGGCUUCUGCACAAUACCCUCACCAAUUUGCGACUCCGUCGUAUAUUGGUGCCUCCAGGGGUUCUGCAAUAUACACUGGAUAUCCUCUUAGUCCAACCAACAUCAACCAGUACUCCUAUCUAUAGUCCAUAAUCUGCAGGUUUUUUCAGGAUUGACUGUUACCUGGCAGAAUUCCCGUGAAACAAGCCUGAAUAAAGGGGCUUCUCUCCAUUACUAUUGACUGCAUUGUAGUAGUCACAUAAGCUUUGUUCAGUGUUAACAUUUUCUGUGGUUUCAUGUAUCUCAGACUUUAGAGUACCCUCUUUCAUUGCUAAAUCAUAGUUUGAGAUUGGAUUGAUUUAGGGUCCGGUUUUCCUGCAGAUGAUUAUCUUUGCCCUUUAAGGACCAUUUUCUUGCUGUGUUUUGUUUUAUUUAUAUAACAUUUUAACAUAUUUCUGCUUAGUAGUGGAAAGACAGUCCUAGUAGUUUGAUAUUAUUUUAAGUAUUUCCAUUUAUUGGUUUGAUUCAUUAACAAUUUCUUUCACUCAUUUAUAUCUGGUAAUUUUAAAAAUGUUUAACAAAUUAAAUUUUUUUUUUUAUUGUUUUUCCCAUUUUUAAGCUUUUUAACUACAUUCCUUGUUAUCCUAGUUUAAAGGAUUUAUCAUUUUUGCCAUAUCUUUGUUGCAUUACUGAUACAAACAAGAUACUGGCAAUUACUUUUUUCAAUUAUUUCUUAGGUGUGUUUUGUGUUGGCAGAUAUAUCAUUUUUAUAUUCCUUUUUUGGACAUUUUCUUUAUCAUAUUUGAUUUUUCUUUGCUUGCAUAGAGCCUAAUAUCUUGAAUCAUUCAGAAAAAGAUGCUUAACAGGGUAUGAGAUAUGCUAACUUUAAACAGAUUAUUGCUGGAGUUGCUUAUUUCAGUUCCUUCUAAGAUGAAAGGAACAUUUUUAAAUGAACAGUCAUUACACCUGCUAGUCUGACGCAGAUCCAUGAAUUAUUAGUGUAGUAGUGCAGUUAACCCACACCUACUAAACUCUUUUAGUUCAGUUGUUUUCAAACAGGACACCAGAAAUACCGAAUUGUUCAGUUAGGCUAAGGGCACACAAUAAGGAUGAUCCACUUUUCUCUGCAUUGUGUGCCCUUUACCUAAAAGUUCAGUGGUUUAUUUUUUUCACCCUUUUUCAGGAGCAGUUCAGUUUGGGGGUUGGGCUUUCUGACUUAUGUCAGUGUUAAAAUUUGAGAUUUGCUGUGUUCUUGGCAUGAGCUUUACUAAAAUCAUUUGUUUGUGGAAAAAUUAGAUGAUACAGUUCACAGCAGUGUCAGAAGAAUGUCCACAUUAUUUACCCUUGAGCCAAAUUCAAAUGUAAAGAGUCAGAGAGCAACCCAAACAUGAUAAAAGUCCCUGGGAGUGUCAGUAUAAGGGCCGUUAAUGGCUAUUUGGUAGCCCCCCCAUGUGGACUGACAAAUUACAAGAGGCUCUAUAUGACAAAUUACAAGAGGCUCUAUAUUUAUGCAACCAAAACUUGCCUCCAAGCCAGGAAUUCAAAAAUAAGCACUAGGAGCAACAUAAAGGAGUUGCUACUGGGAUAUGUCAUAGAGAGGAAACAUUUAUUGUUAAAAUAGUAAAGUAAAUAACAAUAGCAGUUGAAGUAUAAUUUUGGUUAUUAAAAACAACUGAACUACAAAAAAAAGUGUUUGGAUGCUUAACUACCCCUUUUAAUUAGGAAUACAAAGUUACUUCCGUGACUGUAUUUCCCAUUUUUCCAUGUUUUGACGCAGUAGAGCAAUGGAACACAUCAGUUCUAACUGCUAAACUCAACAUUUUAUUGAGGAUAAAAAAAACAGUCUCCGCAGCAAUAUGUCCCUUUGAGAAUGGCAUAUGUGUUUUUAGGUGGCAAUCCCUUGUGUCUGUCAUAACUGUCCACAAGAAUGGUCCUUUAACACGUACUGGUACCCUGGCAUAGAGGGAACAUAAACCAUGAAUGUCCAAUCUGUUCUCUGGGAACUGUAGUUAGAAUUUCUUCAGGACCCAUUAUAUUUUUAACAAAACACAUCAAUAGUAAUAAUACUAAGUAUAUAAACCUUACAAACUAUACUGCAUCUAAUGUAGCACUAAUUGGCUAUACAUUACCUUGUGCAAUACAUUUGACAUAUACAAAGGCUUUUAGGAUGUUAUUUUUGGAGCAUAUUGACCACCGUUUUUUUUUUGUGUGUGUUUUAAGUUACCUGUAGUACAAUUAUCUAGCUGUAUAUUCCCUAGCACAAAAUCCAUUAUAUACAUGAUAUAGGCUUACAAAUAUUUUUUGGACCUGGUAAGCAGAGGCACAUGGAAUAUAGUCUUCUCUAGAGCACACCACCUUUCUCUGCUUUGGAGUCACAGUGUGCAUAAUAUUGUGUACUCACAUCUGCAUGGAAAAAGCUUGUCACAUUUUAUCCUUGUCAAGAACAUGCAAAAAAAAAAAAAAAAAGAUUUUAAAUUUUCUUAUAGAAUUUCAAGUUAUUUUAGAGGUUUUGUAAUUGUGGUGUUUUAAUAUUUUACACAAUGUUUGAAUGAGUGUACAAAGAAAACAAUGCUUUCAGAUCCAGAGUGGCCCAUAAUGCUUUGCUGGUCACUCCAGAUAGCACCAGAAGGACCAUACUGUAAUGCAUCAAACUGUUUGUGUUGAUACUUGAAUCUUUCUAUGUGCUUUCAGCUUUUUUUUUUGUUUUUUUUUCUUCUUUAAAAAAAAAAAAAAAAAUGGUUGAAGUUGAUUAUUAGUGUUGUGUGUCCUUAGGUUUGUUUCCCAUCUUGAUUUGUUUUUAAACCAAAAUGAAUUGUGAGAAUGUAUGUUAAAAUAAGUUUUUAGGACUUAUCACUGUAGCACUGAUAAAUAUAAAUAUAUAUGAAUAUAUAUAUAUAUAUAUAUAUAUAUAUAUAUAUAUAUAUAUAUAUAUAUAUAUAUAUAUAUAUAUAUAUAUAUAUAUAAAUAAAGAGAUUGAUAUGUACUCUCAUUUUAAUGUGGGUAAACUGUAUAUUUCUGAUUUGUUUUGCACAGGUAUGUAUGGUGAUCGUUCAUGUAUUUUUCACUUAAUGUAGUGCCUUAAAUGCUAAUGUAGUAAUUAGUUUACAGUACGCUUGCCUUAUAAUAGGGCUAGCAAGCCCCUUUAAUAUAAGCAAUUCCCUAAAACCUAGAUAAACGGAAAUGUAAAUAACAAUGCUUUUGGGCUAUUUUGGAGUUGCCAUAUUGCUUUUAUAUAUUGCUUUUGACGUGUUUUUUUUUUCUUUAAGCAAUAUCUGCUUAAAUCCUUUGUCCACAAAUUUUUUUGUCAAACACAUAUUGAAUAUCUAACGAUUUAUAGUUUCUAAACCGUUUCUUAAAUGUGCAAUUCCCCAUGCCUAUCUUUUUCUGUGAUUGUUGAACCCUAAACAUUCCUUGUGAAUGAUUUGUUAAGUCUUAGGAUGUUUAUACCAAAGAAAGUUUAGCUUCGUUCAUUUGUUGUACUGGGAAGCAGCAUGGUGGGUUCCGUCACGGGAUAAUGAUCUAGUGUCACACCAAACUAUUUAAUGUUUCCUCUGAGUAUGCUAAGCUGUCAAUCAACUAUAUGUUAUUUUGUCCAACAAGGCUUUUGUUCUGCUUUUCAAAUGUAUUUUGCUUUCCCUAUCUAAUACAAGUCUGUGGUACUUUGCA